AUGAGCGACAGCAGCGAGGGGAUCGUCAGCCUGCCUGUGCCCGGCCCGCCCGGCGGCGGGACCCCCUGCGAGGAGGUGCUUGGCAGGCGAGCGCCUGGGGCCGAGACCGGCGCCCGCAGCCUCCCGCCCGACUUGGCUGCGCCGCCGCCCGCCGCUCUCUGGGCUGAGGACGCCGCCGCCGCCGCCUGCCCGAGCAGCGCCGCGCGGGCCAAGGGUGGCGGCCGGCGGACCGCGGUCACCUACGUGAUCAACGAGGCCAGCCAGGGGCCGCUGCUGGCGGCGGAGAGCGGCGCCCUGCAGAGCCUGCGGGAGGCGUGCGAGGCGGUGGGGGCCGCGCUGGAGACCCUGCACUUCGGCAAGCUGGACUUCGGCGAGACGGCGGUGUUGGACCGCUUCUACAACGCAGAUAUUGCUGUUGUAGAGAUGAGUGAUGCUUUCCGUCAGCCUUCCCUGUUCUACCACCUGGGAGUCAGGGAGAGCUUCAGCAUGGCUAACAACAUUAUCCUCUACUGUGACACAAAUGCAGAGUCUCUGCAGUCACUGAAGGAAAUUAUCUGCCAGAAGAAUAAUAUGUGUACUGGGAACUACAUAUUUGUUCCUUAUAUGAUAACUCCACAUAACAAGGUGUACUGCUGUGAUAGCAGCUUCGUGAAGGGACUCACAGAGCUGAUGCCGCCUGGUUUUGAGUCUCUGCUUGGGCCUAUAUGCUUACCUCUAGUGGAUCGAUUUAUUCAGCUCUUGAAGGUGGCCCAGGCCAGUUCGAGCCAGUAUUUCCGGGAAUCCAUUCUGAAUGACAUCAGGAAGGCCCGGACACUUUACACGGGCAAAGAGCUUGCAGCAGAGCUGGCAAGGAUUCGACAGCGAGUAGAUAACGUUGAAGUCUUGUCUGCUGACAUUGUAAUAAACUUGCUGCUGUCCUACAGAGACAUUCAGGAUUAUGAUUCCAUUGUGAAAUUGGUGAAAACUUUAGAGAAACUGCCCACUUUUGACUUGGCUUCCCACCACCAUGUGAGGUUGCAUUAUGCAUUUGCGCUAAACAGGCGAAAUCUGCCUGGAGACAGACAGAAAGCUCUAGAAAUUAUGAUUCCCCUUGUAGAACAGGAAGACCAAGUAGCUUCAGAUAUGUACUGUCUGGUUGGUCGCAUUUACAAGGACAUGUUUUUGGAAUCUGGGUUCAUAGAUACAGAAAGCAGAGACAAAGGAACAUUCUGGUUCAAGAAGGCAUUUGAGUCAGAGCCAACGUUACCAGCAGGAAUUAACUAUGCAGUACUCCUCCUGGCAGCUGGACAUUGCUUUGAUACUUCUUUUGAGCUGCGGAAAGUUGGAGUAAAGAUCAGCAGCCUGCUUGGUAAAAAGGGGAGCUUGGAGAAACUGCAAAGCUAUUGGGAAGUGGGAUCUUUCUUGGGGGCCAGUAUGUUGGCUAAUGAUCAUAUAAGAGUGAUCCAGGCUUCAGAAAAGCUGUUUAAACUAAAGGCACCAGCAUGGUACCUGAAGUCUAUUGUAGAGACUAUUUUGAUAUAUCAGCAUUUUAAGAAACUGACUCCAGAACACCAUACGGCCAAACAGGAACUUGUGGAUUUCUGGAUGGACUUCCUUGUUGAAGCCACAAAGACAGAUGUGACUGUAGUUCGAUUUCCAGUUUUAAUAUUAGAACCAACAAAAAUCUAUCAGCCCUCAUAUCUCUCCAUCAACAGUGAAGCUGAGGAGAAGACGGUAUCCAUCUGGCACGUGCUGCCUGAUGACAAGAAAGGUAUCCAUGAGUGGAACUUCUGUGCUGCUUCUAUCAGGGGAGUAAGCAUUUCAAAGUUUGAAGAACGAUGCUGUUUCUUGUACGUGCUGCACAACUCAGAUGACUUCCAAAUCUACUUCUGCACAGAACUUCAUUGUAGAAGAUUUUUUGACAUGGUGAACAGUAUCACUGAAGAAAUGGGGAAGACUACAGAGGAAGGGGAAUGUGAUGGAGACUCUCUAGAGUAUGAUUAUGAGUAUGAUGAGAAUGGUGAGCGGGUCAUUCUGGGAAAAGGAACGUACGGCAUUGUGUACGCAGGACGAGAUUUGAGCAAUCAAGUCAGAAUUGCUAUUAAAGAAAUCCCAGAGAGAGACAGCAGGUACUCCCAACCUCUGCAUGAAGAAAUAGCUUUGCAUAAGCAUCUCAAGCAUAAGAACAUUGUCCAGUAUUUAGGUUCUCUUAGUGAGAAUGGCUUCAUCAAAAUAUUUAUGGAACAGGUGCCAGGUGGCAGUCUUUCUGCUCUUCUACGAUCAAAAUGGGGACCAUUAAAAAAUAAUGAGCAGACAAUUGGCUUUUACACCAAGCAGAUUCUUGAAGGAUUAAAAUACCUCCACGAUAAUCAAAUAGUGCAUCGAGACAUAAAGGGUGAUAACGUGCUUAUCAACACAUACAGUGGAGUGUUAAAGAUUUCGGACUUUGGAACUUCAAAGAGACUUGCAGGAAUCAAUCCUUGUACUGAGACUUUCACUGGUACCCUCCAGUAUAUGGCGCCAGAGAUCAUAGACAAAGGGCCACGUGGCUAUGGGAAGGCUGCAGACAUCUGGUCUUUGGGCUGCACAAUCAUUGAGAUGGCUACAGGGAAACCCCCAUUUUAUGAACUGGGAGAACCACAAGCAGCCAUGUUUAAGGUGGGGAUGUUUAAAAUACACCCAGAAAUUCCUGAAUCCAUGUCUGCAGAAGCCAAGGCUUUCAUACUGCGUUGCUUUGAACCUGAUCCUGAUAAACGAGCUUUUGCUCAUGAGCUACUUAUAGAUGAAUUCUUGAAGGUUUCAAGCAAGAAAAGAAAGUCUCCUUCAAAGCUCUCAGUCCUUUCAGCUAACACAAACGAGUAUCUUCGGAGCAUAUCCUUACCUGUCCCUGUUCUGGUGGAAGAUACAAGUAGCAGCAGUGAGUAUGGUUCUGUCUCACCUGAUACAGAAUUAAAAAUAGAUCCAUUCUCUUUCAAAACAAGAGCCAAAUCCUGUGGAGAAAAAGAUGGGAAGGGAAUCCGGUCCCUUUUUCUGAGCAUCCCAGAUGAACAUUUUGAGGAUCACAGUGCACCUCCUUCACCUGAAGAGAAAGAUUCUGGGUUUUUCAUGCUGAAGAAGGAUAGUGAAAGGAGAGCCACCCUCCACAGGAUAUUAACUGAGGACCAAGAGCAGGUGGUGAGGAACCUGAUGGAAGCUUUGACUCAGGGAGCUGAAGAACCCAAGCUGAAAUGGGAACACAUCACAACGCUCGUUUCCAGCCUCAGAGAGUUCGUACGGUCCACUGAUCGCAAAAUCAUUGCAACCACGCUUUCAAAAUUGAAGCUGGAGUUAGACUUUGACAGCCACGGUAUCAGUCAAGUGCAGCUUGUGCUCUUUGGUUUUCAAGAUGCUUAGAUUUCUGUAAUACUACACUGAAAUCCAGGACAGUAUCAAGACCUCAGAUGCUGCAGAGACUGAGGUGCUGCUAAAAGUGAGGAAAAGUAUUUGCCUUGCUCUUGGGACUUAAGAAUGUGAUCUUAGGUUACAAUGUUUAAUAAUCACAACUUCCUUAUCAGACCAAUCAAGAAAAAGUAAUUUUGUGAUGUAAUAUAAAUAACUAAAUCAUAUUACUAGGGAUUGUUGUGAUCUUGACAAAGUUAGAUUAUGCUUCUUCAGUUCUCAAAAAAGCCGCACUUAGCUAAACAGUCAGUUUGGGAAGGUGCAAAGUGCUUGCACAGGGAAGUUCUGCUGCCUCAGAGGGCAGUGGGCAAGCCUUCGGGGCCCUUGGUCUGCUGCUGUCCAAGUGUCAGGCCCAGGGCAGGCUCCCCUGGCGCCGCUGACAGCUCUGUGAAUCCAAACACAGUGUCCAAGUGCCAUCUCGUGGCCAUUGGCAAUAGAAAUGAGGAGACAUAGGUACUGCUGUGCUGGGUUGACCGUGGCUGGCAGGUAGAGGAAAGCCCCUACCCAGUCAUUCAUUCAUUCCCUCCCAACAGGAAGAGGGAGAGAAUUGGAAGAACCAAAAAUGGGAAAACUUGUGGGUCAAAAUAAAGAUUGUUAAAUAAGUGAAAGGGAGGAAAAAAAAGCUCUUAAGUGUUGCAAAAGGAGUCAGUCACCACCAGCAGACUAGUGCCCAGCCAGUCACUGAACAACAGCUCCUUUGCAAAAAGCAGCCCCAUGUUUAUUGCUGAUCAUGACCUUACACCGAAGGGAAUAUUUCUUAGGCCAGCUGCGCCAGCCAUGUCCCCCUCCAGCCUUUAGUCCACCCCCAGCCCCCUCAGUGCUGGGGCAGUGUAAGAAGCAGAGGCGGCCUUGACAGUGUGCAAGCUUUGCUCAGCAGUAGCUGAAACAUGCGUGUGUUAUCAAGGCUGUUUUAGUCACCAGUCUGAAACAUAGCACCAUGUGGGCUGCUGUGAAAAAAAUUAACUCCAUCCCAACCAAACCCAGUGCUGGUACCUGUAUAAAGUGCUGCAUUACUGAAUACUACUGCUUUUUGGCAGUGAAAAUAAUGUGGUUAAUAACUUUUACAUAUCCUCUGAAGGCAUCAUUUAUGUAACUGCAGUCAUUUUUUACAGAGAGGUUAUUAUCACAAUAUGAGGGAAUUGAACGAAUCCCUUUUUUAGGAAGAGUGAAGUAUCUUUUUGCCACAUUUUUCGUGAUCAGUAGUUGCUUCUUUUUUUAUAAGGCUGUGAGUUGAUAAUUUUCUAAACACAGUUAUAUUUUUUGAUUCCUGCAACUGUUUAAGUUCUGCUCCUGCAGAAUUUGCUGCUUUGGAUUGCUUCUGUGCCUGGAAAACAGCACUGAGUUUUGUGCUAUUGCUGCUUACUGUUGGCUGGGCAUUUCCUUGUCGUUUGGGAGCUGGAAAACGGUUCCGUGAGGUGGAGAUGUUUGUGCAAGUGGCAUGGAGCAUCCAUAGAGGCAUCUGAGAAUAUGGCUAAAAGUGGUUUGAAAGCAGGCCUGUGGGCAGUUAGGAGCAACCCAGUUGUAUAUUGUACCAUACUGAUUGUACAAAGUACGAAGUAGAAGGAAUGAGAAAAUGGUACAGCACACAAAUGAAGUUCCCUAAUUGUUUAAACUAACAUUAAUUAACUAGUUUCAGAAUUAAGUAGGAGCAGCAUUACAUUAGUUCUUUGAUAUUUCCUACAAUUGUACUUUAGAAUAGACAAGUGUUGCUCAGAGCAAGCAGUGAAGGUGAUGCCAAAAAAAGUAACAAGUUAAUUAGUUUCAGCUACAAGCCCUUCAUAACAUAGUCCUUGUUAUUUGUCUUGCUUGCAUUCUUUUGAAAUUUCUCUCCACAGCCAUGAAGGUUAAGUACCACUGACAUCAAAAGUCACCUAACACACAAACCAGUACUUGAUGAAAAACAUAAAACAUUGCAUGACUUAUGAUAAAAUGGAUGAAGUUGAUAAUGUUGCUAUCAAGAAAUAGUUGUAAUCAUCUGCUCGGAUACAGCAUCUAUAAGUUUAAACACUUUAUGUAAUGAUGAGAUAUAUUCUCAUUUUAAGUUGUGGGGUAUGUAAUAUCUGAACUGAAUUUUCUCU